AUGGAUGGAAUUCAGGACAAGGAAGGAUCCAAAGGACGAAAUGGCGAGCAAUCCAGUUGCCCCGAUUGCCAACGACCAGAUAGCGCGGAGGAUAUGGUCCAGUGCGACCAUUGCGACGUUUGGAAGCACUUCACUUGCGCCAGCGUGAAUGCAAGCGUCGCUGGUCGCGCAUUUGUAUGUGGUGACUGUUCCGCUCAGCACAGCGAUGACGCGAUUACGGUGCAUAGCGAAUCCAGCCGUGCUAGUUCAACGUCGGUUUUCUCCGUCUGCCUGAGCCAGCUGGUGGAAAGACAGCAUAUGGAGCGUGCCCGUAUGGAACUCGAGCUGCAACGGCGCCAUCUAGACGAACAGCAGAAGCUGAUCGACAAAGCUCUUGGUGGGGAAGAAGCAGAAAACCAUCACAGUGACGGUUUAUCCGGUGGUACCACCAACGAAGUGACUCCACCAGCUCCCAGCAAGCGCCUUGCGACGCCGCCCCCUCCCGGUGCACCUCUAGCAUCGUCCGAUCGUCGAUCAAAGGCACUAUCCGACACUCCCAAGUCGGCUGCUCCAGUUGUGGUAUCGAUUCCACUUACGGCGCUGGAGCCGAACUCAGUGAAGCUUCUGCAAGGCAUGAAAGACCCCCAAGUUGCUCUGCGGGAACUCAGAGCUAGGGUUGAGCUGUGCGAGAAGCGCGCCAAUCCUACGCCCGACGACCUGGUUGACCUACAAGCUCAACUGGAACUGUGCCGGAAAAUUCUGGAAGGGAUCCAGACCAGUACAUCGACCAACGAAUCGGUUCAACGGCCGGACGCGAGCAGCACGAUGAAGUUGCAGCCACCAAAGCCAGCGGCGAGCACGUCGCGCAUGGUGAAGCAGACCGGUGCAAUUCCGAAAACAAAUCGGUCACUGCUUACGGUUCCCCAGGAAGAUCUGAUGCAGCCCAACAGUCCUUCUCAAGAAGGGGCAGUAGGAGGAGCCAACCGACCGAGCGAUAUUUGGCCGCUGAAGAUGCCGGUAAGCCAAUCUGGCGGACCAUCGGUAAGUCGAGCAUUCGAGUCAUCGAAAAUGCGUCCGAAUCUCUUGGAACCCCCAGGUAAGCGUCAAGCCUUGAGUAAUUUGUUUGAAAAUACAACCCUAUACGCCUCUGGUGAUUGCCCCACGACCAAUUUUCCAACAACCCGAGAGCAGCAGCGUGUUGACGCGCGCCCGGGAGAAAGUUGUCUGCCUCCUACACAUUCUCAUGAGCAGCUGCGAGAUACACUCGCGCACUCGGGCUAUGCAACUUUGCCCUACAGUCAACCCGAACGCAAUUCAACCGGUAUGCAAACGCGUAAUUGCCCCUCGCGUGUGGUUGAAUCCACUCCGCCCCCUCGUCAGUCAGAUAGCUCCCAACCAAACCAAGUGAUUUCCCAACCAGACCCAUUCCGCCCCACACAACAGCAGCUUGCAGCAAGACAGUCCCUGGCUAAGGAUCUUCCUCGAUUCAGCGGAGACCCAGCUGAAUGGCCGAUCUUCAUCUCGAACUACCGCUACACGACGGAAGCUUGUGGCUUUUCGGAUGGAGAAAACAUGCUUCGUCUACAACGGUGCUUGACUGGAUCUGCGCUCGAAACAGUACGUAGUCGGUUGGUGUUACCAGCAGCGGUACCUCAAGUGAUCGAGACACUUCGCAUGCGGUUUGGGCGACCGGAAUUGCUUAUCAACGCCCUGUUACGUAAGGUGCGGGACAUUCCUGCCCCUAGGCCCGAUCGGCUCGAAGGGCUCAUCGAUUUCGGAAUGGCGGUGCAGGCUUUGUGCGACCAUAUUGAAGCGGCGAACGAACGCGCUCAUCUAUCGAAUCCGUCACUUUUGCAGAAGCUCGUGGCGAAGCUUCCCGCUGAUCAACGGAUGAUGUGGGCCGGAUAUAAGCGAGGAUUUCCUCACGCAGAUUUGAAAACCUUCGGCGACUAUAUGUCAUCGGUGGUGCGGGACGCAACCAGCGUAGUCACCUUUGAGCCGGAGACGAGACGGAGCGGCGCUCGAGACCGUCCGAGGCAAAAGGGAUUCAUCAACUCCCACGCGACGGAGUCAUCCAGCAGAUCAGGAGAUUCAUCGCGUGAGCCGAAGGAGACACCGAAACAGUUCGAUUGCGCUCACUGCAACAAAUGCGGACACCGAGUUCGCGAUUGCAAUGCUUUCAAGCAGUUAAACGUUGACGACCGCUGGAGACGAGUUCGAUCGUUGGGCUUGUGUCAGAACUGUUUGUUCAGCCACGGACGGCGUGCGUGUCGAGGUCGAAAAACGUGUGAUAUUGAAGGCUGCCAGUUUCGACACCAUCCGCUCCUUCACUCCCCUAGAGGCCCUCCAAAAUCAUCGGAACGCACGAUGCAGGUGGCGGAAAAUCACACCCAUCGCCGCUUAACUUCUCCGACCCUCUUCCGAAUCAUUCCAGUAACCCUGCAUGGGACUAAAGGCUCGAUCAACACCUUCGCAUUUCUUGACGAAGGGUCCGACCUGACACUGAUAGAGAGUGAUUUGGUUGCUUCGCUUGGGGUGAAAGGCACUAAACUACCGCUUUGCCUACGGUGGACAGGGAAUACAUCACGCGUGGAAAAGGAGUCACAGCAAAUUACCAUCGAAAUCGCCGGAAUUGGACAAGACAAGCGGCACAAACUUCUGAACGCGAGAACCGUCAAUAGCCUCGGACUACCACGCCAAACCUUCGAGGUUGAAAAUGCGGUUAAGAAGCACAAACAUCUGCAAGGCAUUCCACUCUCCACCUACCGCGAUGCAGUGCCCAAGAUCCUCAUUGGUGUAGACAACUUGCGGCUGGCACUGCCUCUGAAGGUGCGAGAAGGGGAUGGGCCAGCACCGGUGGCGGUAAAAACCAGACUUGGCUGGUGCGUAUACGGUCCCCGGGGGAGCAGUAGCCUUGAAUCUCACAGCUUCCAUAUAUGUGAGUGCUCUUGUGACGAAACACUUCACGAGGCGGUGAAAGACUUCUUUGCUAUCGAAGGAGCUGGAGCGGGUCCGACAGCAACCUCGAUGAAGAAGGAAGAUGAACGGGCGCUAACCAUAAUGGAAGCGACAACUCACCGGGUUGGGAAUCGCUUCGAAACGGGACUUAUUUGGAAGGAAGACCAUGUAGAGUUCCCGAACAGCUAUUCCAUGGCAGUGCGUCGGUUGGAAUGCCUUGAACGCAGGAUGGAGCGUGACCCGGGUCUGAAGGAGAAUCUACACCGGCAAAUACAGGAGUACGAAGCGAAAGGAUAUGCACACAAGGCUACAGCAGCGGAAAUGGAAGCAGCGGAUCCAAGGAGAGUGUGGCACCUCCCGGUCGGAGCGGUCAUUAACCCCAAGAAACCGGGGAAAGUCCGCGUCAUCUGGGACGCUGCGGCCAAGGUGGACGGCGUAUCGCUCAACAGUGCACUCCUCAAAGGCCCGGAUCAACUUUCUUCCCUUCCUGCGAUUCUCUUUCGUUUCCGAUUGUACCAGGUGGCGGUCAGCUCGGAUAUACAGGAAAUGUUCCACCAGAUACAAAUCCGAGAAGCCGAUAAGAAUUCCCAGCGUUUCUUGUGGCGCAAUAACCCAUCUGAAAAGCCGACGGUAUACCUGAUGGACGUUGCCACAUUUGGUAGCACAUGCUCGCCGGCGUCGGCCCAGUUCGUUAAAAAUCGGAACGCCGAACAACACCUAGAGCUGUAUCCGGAAGCGGUGAAAGCGAUUAUCGACGACCACUACGUGGACGAUUACCUGGCUAGUUUCGGCACGGAAGAAGAAGCAGCAAAGGUGGCACGCGAUGUACGACACGUACACGGUAACGGAGGUUUUAAGCUGCACAAUUGGCGGUCCAAUAGCUGCACAGUGCUAGAACGGCUGGGUGAAGUUCCACUGGCAGAGGAAAAGCAGCUGAAACUCGUCGACGGCGUGGCGACGGAAAGAGUGCUCGGAAUGUUAUGGUGUCCUUCCACGGAUGAGCUGAGUUUUUCCACCCAGAUGAGUGAGGAAGUGCAGGCGCUGAUUAAAACGUCCACGCGACCGACAAAGAGGCAGGUACUACGGUGCGUGAUGACGCUGUUUGAUCCAUUAGGGUUGCUCUCACCGUUCCUCAUCCAUGGCAAAGUCCUGAUCCAGGACAUCUGGAGAGAAGGCACUGAAUGGGACGAGCAAGUCAGCGCAGACGUCUUUGCGAAAUGGCGGCGGUGGGUGCAGAUGAUUGAGUACAUUUCCGGGGUGCGCAUCCCAAGAUGUUACUUCCGGCUCGCGAAUCAGAAGACAUACCAUAACUGCGAACUCCACGUGUUUGUCGAUGCGAGUGAGGUGGCGUACUCUUGCGCUAUCUAUCUGCGCACGCUCGAUACAGAAGCUAAACCACAGUGUUGUUUGAUUGCCGCAAAAUCGAAAGUGGCUCCGCUAAAGCCAUGGUCAAUUCCCAGGCUGGAACUACAAGGGUGCGUCUUGGGCGUACGUUGGUCGAAGUUCGUUCGGGAAAACCACGGAGUUCCUGUUUCCAAGAUGGUGUUUUGGACAGAUUCCAGAACAGCUUUGGCCUGGAUCAUGGCCGACCCUAGGAACUACCGACAGUUCGUGUCCUUUAGAGUAGCCGAGAUUCUGGAGCACACCACGGCAAGCGAUUGGAGAUGGGUGCCAUCAAAAUCCAACCCAGCAGAUGAAGCUACUAAAUGGGGAAGCGGCCCGUACUUCAACCCCAACAGUAAGUGGUUCCAGGGCCCCGAGUUCUUACGUCUUCCGGAGACUGAGUGGCCUCGUCCCAAAGAGCCAGUGACCGCUACUUCAGAGGAAAUACGUGCAUCAAUCCUGUACCAUUGUUCGAUCGAGCCGGUGAUUGACUUCGUCCGACAAAACGCAGACGAAAUAUGCAGGACAACUACAGCAGCGAAACUUCGAGCAGCAGAGAUUACGAUUUUCAAGCUUGUACAACGCGAAUCCUAUCCCGACGAGAUCGCUGCACUCUCCACCAAGGCGUCGAAUGAAACCGGACAGGAGGCCAUUGGGAAGCAGAGCUCCAUCUACCGGCUAAUGCCGAUUCUGGACGAGAACGGCUUGUUGCGCGAGCGCGGACGGAUCGGGGCGGCUGGAGACAUCUGUUAUAGCGUGCGUCAUCCAAUUAUCCUUCCGAGAAAGCACCAGGUCACGGAGCUUCUGGUUUACCGAUACCAUCAGCAAUAUCGUCACGGCAAUGCGGAAACCGUUGUUAACGAGAUCCGCCAGAUGUACAACAUCCCAAGACUGCGUUUGGUAGUGAAGAAAGUAAGCCGUGACUGCCCAUUUUGUAAGAUCCGUCGAGCGAGACCAGCGAUUCCACCAAUGGCGCCCCUUCCAGCUGCGCGCCUAGCACAUCAUGAACGAGCCUUCACCUACACAGGGGUUGACUACUUCGGACCGCUGUUAGUGAAACUAGGAAGAUCCAAUGUUAAACGAUGGAUCGCCCUGUUCACGUGCCUAACGGUGCGUGCCGUCCAUCUCGAAGUCGCCUAUACGCUGUCUACGGAGUCGUGCAUUUCAUGUGUUCGUCGAUUUGUGGGUCGCCGGGGAUCACCCGCCGAAUUCUUCAGCGAUAACGGCACAAAUUUCCAAGGAGCUGAACGAGUACUGCAGCAUCAGAUAAGCCAGGGACUGUCGGCAACGUUCACCAACACCGACACGAAGUGGAACUUUAUUCCACCGGGAGCACCGCAUAUGGGCGGAGCAUGGGAACGCUUGGUACAGUCGGUAAAGGUUGCAAUCGCUGAAGCGUACUCUGAAGGAAAGCUGGACGACGAGGGGUUGCAAACGCUGGUCGUGGAGGCGGAGCAUAUGGUGAACUCAAGGCCUCUGACGUAUUUGCCCCUCGAGGCCGUGGAGGCAGAGGCACUUACGCCCAAUCAUUUUUUAUUACUGAGCUCGUCCAGCACGAAACAAUACGGCAGAGAAGCAGGAUCUACAGUUCACGGAUCGUCCAGUGAACUAAUUCGCCGAGAAAUACUGGGUAGGUCGUGGGAGCUAAUCCAGCGCCAGCUGAACGUUUUUUGGAAGCGCUGGUUGACGGAAUAUCUGCCGGUGAUCCGUCGGCAACCGAAAUGGUUUGAUGAAACCCGAUCACUUGUACCAGGCGACCUUGUCUUAGUCGCGGAGCCGACGAAACGAAAUGGAUGGGAGCGUGGACGAAUCAUCCGUGUUGUCCCAAGCCCGGACGGAAGAUACCGACGCGCGGUUGUGCAAAUAGGGACGAAGACUCUGUUGAGACCAGUGUCACGGUUGGCACUGCUUGACCUGCAGGAGUUUCGUGAGACUCCGGAGGACUCCGGACCACACCCGGGGGAGACUGUCGGCGCAGGAAUCGGCAAGCUGGCAACCCUGCCCUGUGCUGCUACCAAAGCUUCGCGUCCGCGAACAAAAGCGACGCAGCGAUAUCUGUGA